GGAAGAUAGAGAAUACUGUCGGUGAAAGCCAGAGUCACUCUUCAAUUUCACUCCUUUUUUGGAACAUUUCGGGAUCAAAAUCACUCAGAAAACAACAUAAAGGAAUGUCAACUGCAAAGAGAAGACGAUGGCAUGUUCCUGCAUCAGUUACAGCAAAAACUACAUUUAAUCCCAUUAGAUCUAUUGUGGACAGAAUGAAGAUAACACCAAAUCCCACAAAGAAAAUGAUUGCUCUGUCAAUAGGGGACCCAUCAGUGUUUGGGAAUUUGGAGCCUUGCCAGGAGAUGUUGGAUGCUGUUGUGAAGUGCCUGAAGCAAUCAAAACAUAAUGGAUAUGCUCCUUCAACAGGUUACGUCAAGGCUCGAGAGGCUAUUGCUGCAGAACAUUCCCAUCCAUUAUCUCCAAUAACUUACAAGGAUGUUGUCCUGGCAUGUGGUUGUUCUGGAGCUUUGGAAUUAGCUUUAGAUGUUCUCCUAAACCCUGGAGAUAAUGUUCUUCUGCCCAAACCAGGCUUCUCUAUUUACCAAACAUUGAGCAUAUCCCGAGGCCAUGAAGUCAGACAUUACAAUCUUUUGCCUGAGAGAUCUUGGGAGAUUGACCUUGAUCACCUCGAGUCGCUGAUCGAUGACAGAACCAGAGCAAUACUUGUUAACAAUCCCUCCAAUCCUUGUGGGUCAGUUUAUUCAAAAGAACACUUGGAAGCUAUUCUGGAAGUUGCUGAAAGAUACAUGCUUCCUAUCAUUGCAGAUGAAGUGUAUGAAUAUGCUGUUUUCCCUGGAUAUAAGUUUUAUCCACUAGCCCAGUUAUCAGACAAUGUUCCCAUCUUAACUUGUGGUGCAAUUUCAAAAAGGUUUCUUGUGCCUGGCUGGAGAUUGGGAUGGGUCCUAAUCUAUGACAAAAAUGAAGCAUUUGAAAGUGAGGUCAGAACAGGACUGAUAGCACUUUCCCAGCAAAUCCUGGGCCCAAACACUCUCAUUCAAGGUGCCCUACCAGAAAUACUGACUAAUACACCACAAAGCUUUUUCGAUAACACAAUGAGGGCCGUCCAGAAAAAUGCUGAAAUACUUUACGAGGCACUAUUAAGAAUUCCAGAACUGGAGCCCAUUAUGCCAUGUGGGGCGAUGUACAUGAUGGUUGGAAUUGACAUAUCCAAGUUAGAUGGCAUUGUGGAUGACUUAGACUUCACUGAAAAACUGAUUUCAGAACAAUCAGUGUUUUGUUUACCAGGAAAGUGCUUUCAGUAUCCAAAUUACUUCCGCAUUGUUCUGACUGUACCAGAGGAAUUGACUCAGUUGGCAUGCAAGAGAAUCAACGAGUUUUGCAAAACUCACAGAAGAGUGAUCAUUGAAAAACCUCUGCCUGAAUAGGAACAGGAGCAUGAUAACAUCAUAAUAGGCCCUUCGUCUUCACCCAUGUUUUAGUGAACAGUGUAUAUAAUUUUCAGCAGAUAUGCUGGAUUCUAAGGUUCUGUUUGAAACAGUUGUCUUUAUUGAGAUGUGUACCAUUUCUUAAGGCUCAAGGACAUUUCUUAAAUAACAGGCAGACCUAUUUUUUAAACCUAUGAGGAAGAACUUGGGGUUAAAAAGUUUAUUCACCCUUUGUUUCAAACCAAAUUUGUCCAAAAAGUUAAAUUGUGGAAUUUUCAAACUUAAAACAACUGAAUAUAUUCUAUCUUUGUACUGUGAAAGACUAUUUUCAUACUUCAAUAGUUGACAACUUUUCUAGUAAAAUAUUUCUAGAAUAUUUGCUACAUGUACAUUUUUUCAAUAUGUUGGUGGUCUGUCAGAGUAUAGCUGAGAACCAUGUUUUCGUUAUUUAAGCAGACUAAGCCAGUUUGAAAAUAAUAUUUUGGGAUUAAAUGCUUUAUGCGAUAUUAAUAUCCUCAGUCAUAGGGUAAAAAGUUUAUGUCUAGGUAAUUGCUUUUACAUAAUGGAGCCCAGUUGGUGCUCUAACAGAUCAGAAAUAAGUUUGAUUUGUGUGCCAGUCAAGGGAAAUAUAAUCACACUGUUUUAUUUACAAAUUUAUUUACAAAAUGUUACACAUUUUCACAGUUAAAUUAGAGGGAUACCAUCCCAUUUGUCAGUGCUGAAAUUGUAAGGUAUAUAUUGGAAAAACAUAUUUAUUUAAAAGUUAUUUAGAAGACAAAGUUGUUGUAUAUUCACAUUGUUGGUAAAGUAAUGACAUCGUAUAACAAGUGUAAUGAUUGUUGUGGGAGAGAAAUGAAAAUUGUAUUAAAGAGUUUAGAGUUCAUGAUAA